AUGCAGCAGAAGAGAAGAUUAACAGUCAUUCUAAAGAAAGCUUCUAGGCUACUGAAAGUUCCAAUCUUGGUAUCCAGGAUGAGGACAUCAGUCAACAUUCCGAGGCUAAUUUCAGUCCAGAAGUCAAGCAAGAAGAUGAAGAAAUUCAUUCUCCUCAGGCAUUACAACUAUAAUUAUGUUCAUGAGUAUCAGUUCUCCCCAUCAAAUAGUCCACUCAGCCUCAGUCACAGCAUUUACCGAAGGGCAGCAAAGAAAAGAAGGUACGAAGAAAUUUGCUCCAUUUUUCCGAUUGGGAAUUGCUUAGGUGUGAUAAAUAAAGAGACGGAAAACAGGGGAUAUCCGUUGAUGGAGUUGAAGGCUGUGCCUUACAUUGAAAAUUCAAUCACUGAGGAAUUGUAUGAUGAUAGUGAAGAAGAUCGUGGUGAUGUUGACUCCAUUGACGAAAGGGCUGAGAAGUUUAUUGAGAGGUUCUAUGAAGAGAUUAGAAUGCAGAGGAAGGAAUCCCAAUCUUUAGUUCACUCCAAUCCUGUCAUUCUGGAUUUGAUGGAUUAG